AUGGCUGAUGGGGACCCUGAUCCAACCGACUGGUCAGUCGAUGAAGUUGUGAACUUUCUCUGCAAGAGGGACUCGGCUCCAUGGGCGCGAUCUAUCAACACCCCAUUUCCAGAUCCUGCCACUCUGGAGUCUAUCAUUCGAGACCAAUUCAUCACUGGAGGGGUGCUUCUUAACGAUGUUGAUAAAGACACCCUUCGGGAUGAUUUGGCCGUUAAAGCACUUGGUCACCGCAGCAGCAUCCUACAGGCUAUUGAGUGGCUUCGGCAACAUUCGCCCAAAUAUCAGCGCUCCAAGGCUAAUGUCUCUGUGUUUGGAGACUCUCAUAUUCCUGAAUCAGCUCCUUCUCUCCAUUCCUCUGCCUCUACUCCAGUCCCUCCAGCUUCACAACCUACCUCUUCAGGGGCAAUCAAUGUGCCCUCCCAGCCUCCAGGCAGCGAUAAACCCAUACGAAGAAUUGCACCUACCUUGCUGCCUAGGCCUCAAGUGACUCGAGUGCCUGCCACGGGUACAACACAUCACACAGGCCAGUCACCCUCACAUGUCAUCCCGACCGUACAAGAGCGUCCUUCCAGCUCGGACUCUGUACUGAAUCAAUCUGUUCAGACCUCUCCCUCAUUACCCAGCAAUGAUCCAAAGCCUACCACACCUGUGAUUCCUAGUAACCUAGGCCCUUACGCCGCUCUCCUCGAAAAAUACCCUGUCGAGGAAGAAGAUGUCGAAGAUGUUCUUCCCCAAUAUGGAGACUCAGGGUCUGAAGGAGAGUAUGACGACAAAACAUGGCAGGAAAUUGUCGAUGAAAAUCCGGAAUAUUCUCCUGAAAAACUCCGCCUUUCUCCAGAGCAAUGUGCGACUGUGGUGUCUCAAUACAUUUCCAAGAAAGAAAAAGACUGGGAAGUGGAGCGGUUGCCAAGAGAGCAACCUAAUGCACGAAUCCUGUGGCUAAAGGUCCUCCACGACAAGUCGUUCGAGAUCGACAAGCGUGAACACCAGCACCUUCUCAACUCCCUCCACACUCGUCUCCAGAAGUUCCAGCGGGCACUAUGUGAGGUUCCCCAUGAAUCAGAGUCCAGCCUCCGCAAGGCCUGUAGGGUUAUGGAUACGACCAUCUCUCAAAUUUGUCUCCAGAAAUGGCUAUUGUCAGUUCUCGGGCAAGAGCGCUGCCCACCGGAGAUGGAGCCCCCUGCACGGGCUCCACGAGCUCCACGGGCUCCAAAAGCCAAGCAAGACUCUGACGGGGAGGAGACUUUGAGCUCUGAAUCGGAUCCAAGUCCAGGAGAGUAUUCAUCCGACUUUGUUAUCUCAAACUCCGAUAGUGGCGAAAGAGACGCUGAAAGCGAUUCGGGAUCGGUGGACUCGUCACAUGUACCUCGCCGGGGACACGGUCUUCCUUUUACUUUAUCCUCAUCUCCCUCUGAUGGCUCUGGGUCCGAUGCGCACGUUGGCAAAAAGGCGCGAGUGGGAAAGACCAAGGUUACCCAGAAGAAAAAGGGUCCCCUCAUCGAAGACAUUGAAUUCCUUGAUCUUACUGGUGAUAAAGUGGAGUCAGAUAUUGAGCUUGAUGAAGCACCCGGAUCACCUCAUUCGCCUCGGUCCUCGAUCUCCUUGGAAGAUAUGCCAGUAGAAACACCUCCCCUCAAUCCUGUUCUUUCAAGCCGGCGUCAUCGCAAGGACAGGGAGGAAGAAGAUGAGCUCACGACUCCUUCCAUUCGCCUGACGCGAGGUGUGUCGCAUAAAUCCUCUUCCAUUUCGCCCAGCCCAGACUUGGCCUCAAAGAUCUCCACGGGCACACGAAAGCACCGUGGUGAUACUGGAAAGGGCAUCUCAAGGAAAUCAAAUAAAUCGGCUUCCAAAGACACUGUCGACUACAGGAAACUUUUCAAAAAAGUCUCGCGUUUGGACUGGGCCACCAUCGCAGAACGCAAAAAGCCCCUUGAGCUCUUGGCAAAAGGCAUAGCCAACUUGCCUUCGGAGGAACUUGAGGAAUUCCCAUCUUUUCUUUCCAACUACUUUGAUUCUGUGUACCAAGAGCUUUUGCACGAUGUGAUGCAGGCAAUGCUUAGGAACGAACCCGAAUUGAAGGGCAAAGACUACCUUGAAAACAAGCUUGCGAUGCGUACGGGGGCUUUCUUCCUGUCUUGGAUCAAUCUCACCCGGCUGACCUCGACUGGAAUUUCCAAACAUGAGAUCGAGAAUGGCAUGGAAGCCAUUGAAAAUGAAAAUGGCAUCGCCUUCACCGAAUUCUUUCGCAUCCUGAAAGAGAUCAUUCCUGCUUUUGUCAUCUGGCAGAAAAGCGAGAUCCAUGCUGGGCCGUCAGCCACGAGUCCAGAAGCCAGCGAUGAUGAUCUGCCGUUGCAAGCUGAGAAAAGGCCCAACAAGCGAAAGAGAUCACAGCACAAGAAGGGAGUGAGCACCACAACGCAAAAGGAAGCCCAGAAACGGCAAGAAGAGCAAGCCAAAGCCAGAGCACUGCGGGAACAACACAGGAUGAGAAUGGGACUUAGCGAUGAUGAUCCAGCCAGUCAUGCUGUGACAUUCGAGGAGCCCAUCAUCUUCCUUGACCCGCAUAUUGGACGACUGGUCAAACCGCAUCAGUUGACUGGUAUUCAGUUUAUGUGGCGAGAAUUGAUAGUAGAUCAGAGACCGCAAGGGUGUUUACUUGCCCACACUAUGGGGCUGGGCAAAACGAUGCAAGUGAUCUCUCUUCUAGUCACCAUCGCAGCUGCGGCUGCCUCGCAUGAUCCGGAUAUUCGAAGUCAGGUCCCUGAGAGACUUCGCCGCUCCCAAACUCUGAUCUUGUCACCUUCCUCGUUACUUCAAAACUGGUACGAGGAGUUCACGUUUUGGGUUCCCGAGAAGAGUACCCUUGGCCAGAUCAAGUUGAUCACGGCCAAAGUCAAACCCAAUGACGGUGACCGGGUUGAAGAUAUUGCGGCCUGGAAUGAAGAGGGUGGCAUUCUCAUCAUGAGCUACGAGAUCUUCCGCACGAUUAUCCAGAACAAAGAGAGCAAGGGCCGAGGAAAGCCCCUGUCCGAUGAGGAGCACGAAAUGGCCAGCAAAUGUCUCCUCCAUGGACCAAACAUUGUUGUCGCAGACGAGGCCCACAAGAUAAAGAACCGAGACGCCGGGGUCACUCAAGCGGCCUCUGGAUUCAAAACCAUGAGUCGCAUCGCCAUGACGGGAUCGCCGCUCUCCAACAAUUUGCUCGACUAUUAUUACAUGGUCGACUGGAUUGCGCCGGGCUACCUUGAGGACCUAGGCACUUUCAAAUACAAGUUCGUGGAGCCUAUUGAAGCCGGGAUUUCCAUUGACAGCACCAGAGCGGCAAGAAGACGGGGCCUAGUUGCACUGGGGCUUCUGAAUGGGAUCUUGGCCCCCAAGGUGGACCGAGUCGAUAUCGCCAACGUCGCAGCCGACCUUCCUCCCAGGACCGAGUUUGUGAUCAUGGUUCCUUUAACGCCCUUCCAAAGGACGGUCUAUGAUAUUUUUGUGUCAUGCGUGCGAGACGGGACAGCGAAAGUGGUAGAUGCAAAGCUCUGGUCAUGGUUGACUAUUCUCCAGCUUUGCUGUAACCAUCCGUCCCCCUUCCGAGAGAAAUUGGCGAAUCGAGCACGCGAGCAUGCGAACCUGCCACCUGUGCCCGGCACAGACGUGUCCAUUAAAGACUCCGGGCUCCCAGAUCUUAUGUUCCCUCAGCUCGAAAACCACUUUGCUACUGUUCCGGACACUUCUGACCCAAAUCUGUCUAACCGUGUCCUGCUGCUCAAUAGGAUCCUCGAUGAGUCGCUUGCGGUCAAUGAUAAGAUUCUAGUCUUUUCACAAAGCAUUCCCACUAUGGAUUACCUGGAAAGCAUGAUGGGCAAAACCAAUCGAAAGUAUCUCCGCCUGGAUGGGAGCACCCCUACACAGUACCGCCAGAGUGCUGCGAAGAAUUUCAACACCAAGGGGGAUGCCCAUGUCUUCCUGAUCUCGACCCGCGCAGGUGGCCUCGGCUUGAACAUCUUUGGUGCAAACCGAGUGGUGAUCUUCGACUUCUCAUUCAACCCUACCUGGGAACAGCAGGCGAUCGGACGUGCAUACCGGAUUGGCCAGGUGAAGCCAGUCUUUGUCUAUCGCUUCCUAGCCGGAGGCACUUUCGAAGAACUCAUCUUCAGCAAGGCAGUUUACAAAACCCAGCUGGCUGUGCGCGUAGUCGACAAGAAAAAUGUCAUUCGUGGCGGCUCAAACGUGUCCUCCGAAUACCUUUUCCUGGCAAAGGAGCUGGAGCGCGAAGACGCAUCUGAUAUGCUAGGGAAAGACGUAAAUGUCUUAGACAAGAUUAUAAACAGCGAGGAUUCCAAAGCAAUCCUCAAGGUCACCACCGUUAACACCACGGCCGACGAAAAUGAUCGGUUGACCGAAGAGGAACGCAUGCAUGUCGAGAAUCAACUCCGACUGGAACGUCUCAAGCGCGACAAUCCUCAGGCAUGGUCUGCCGAGAAGGAGCAAGAGAAGCUCCGCCUUCAGUCUAUUAACCGCAUGCUAGCGCAGCGCGAAGUGCAACCGGGGGUCCCUACAAGUGUGCAAUAUCCUGAUUCGCAGGAGCAAUGCCAUAUUCCACAAGAUACGGGAGAGAGCCAUGAGGUAUACCCUAGACCAGUUUCUUUUGCCUCGAAACCACCAAGCCGCUCCCCGGCGACUCCGCCACCUAGUUCUGACCGACCUCAGGGGCCGAUAAUGUCACCGCUGCUACUAAAAAUCUCUGGACCAGGACUGCCUCCGGCGAAUCCACCGGUUGAAUUUGACCGACCUGAACAGCUGACACAGAGACGGCAAGCACCCCCAAACUCUGGGCAGUUCAGCACGGGCGUCCCCCUCCACCCAUCGUGGCCAUCGCAUUUAUCCGGGUCGCAUGUGCAACCUGCACGGUCCCAGUACCCUGUGCACCAGCCAAGAAAGCCUCUCGGGAUGUGGAUGGGGCCUGGGCAAUCCCACACACCUCCGCGGCCGUCAGUGUCGCCAUGGCAAUCUGCAAGAUCGCAGAGCGAGUCUCCCGCGAGGUCGAGCCAGCAACGGAGUCUGGAAAGAGCACAGCACAUGCAAAGCCCGGGUAGGAUUGAACAACAGCGGGGGCGCAUGUCCGGCCAAGCUCCAUGCCAGGACCAGGGCCCCAUAACUGCCCCCUUGUUCGAACGCAGAACCCUGGGACCUCCAAAGGCAAAGCGAUCUCCUUACCGGCCUCCCACCCAGCCAACGACAGCUCCAGACACCAGCCUAUCUGACACUGUGUCCAAGGAAGGAGAAACCUCCCAAAUGGCUCCCAAUACGAGUCUCAUUGAUCGAAUGUCUCCGAAGCGCCCUGAGAAUGAAGCAUUGCCGAUGCGCGAUCGUCGCGCGAGCUCCGGUGAUGCCCCAAUGGACAUCAGCGACUAUAAUGACCACUAA